AUGAGAUAUGUGUUAGUGUAUCGACCUCCAUAUUCUUCGUUACACCCCGUUUCUACCUCUGUCUUUUUCGAUGAAUUCUCUCGGUUUUUAGAGAAUGUUGUUAUUUGUCCCGAGGCCCUUGUUAUCUCUGGAGACUUCAACCUUUAGAUGACCUCCAUGACAAUGAGACCAAGAAAUUUAUGGGUUUACUGGAAACGUUCAGUCUUUCGCAACACGUUUCGGGCCCGACCCAUUUAUCGGGUCAGACCUUAGAUUUAAUUACUACUCGUUCCUCAGAUGAUAUUGUUCUUGCUUGUCCUAAAACUACUUUUCCCAUCUCCGAUCAUUUUAUUAUUCAGUGUCCUAUUGGUUUUUCACAACCAGCUUUGUCAUGCAAAAAAACUGGCUUUUCGUAA